UUAUUUAAAGUGGGAUAUUUUAAAGAUUUUCUUUAUGCAAUUAGAGAUAUUUAGAAUAAAUAUCCGAAUAAAUACACUACCUUGAGGCAGUCUCCUUUUUUACUGUGAUAAUCUCCUCUUCAUUCAUCACUCCAGUUUUUGCGAUUAUCACUCAAGUUUUGAAGGCACAAAAUGGAACUUGGAUCUGUGGUUGAAGCUGUUUCUGAGGAUGUUGGUGGCGCCUCCCUCGACAACAUCCAAAGCUUCGAAAGCCUAUGCAUGCAUUGUGGUCAAAACGGCACUACAAAUUCCUUCAUCACUUUCAUUCCCCACUUCAGAAAGAUUUGGUUGUCGGCUUUCGAUUGUCCUCACUGUGGUGACAAAAACAAUGAAGUGAUGUUUGUUGGCGAAAUUCCAACGCGUUGCUGCUGUUACACCCUAGUGAUCCCAUCCGGCAAUCCAGAGUUGCUCAAUAGACAAGUGGUAAAAUCAGAGUAUGCUAUCAUUAAGAUACCAGAAUUGGAUUUUGAGAUUCAAUCAAAGACUCGGUGUGGUAGUCUAUCAACGAUAGAAGGAAUACUGAUGCGAGCUGCUGAUGAACUUCAAGCCCUUCAAGAAGAGCGCAGAAAAGUUGCUCCAGAGACGGCUGAAGCAAUUGAUCAGUUCUUGGUGAAAUUGAGAGCCUGUGCAACAGGAGAAUUAUCAUUUACAUUUAUUCUUGACGAUCCUGCUGGAAAUAGCUUCAUUGAAAACCCGUUUGCACCAUCAUCUGAUCCAUCACUUACAAUCAAGUUUUACGACCGAACGGAUGAGAAACAAGCAUUAUUGGGAUAUCAAGUGAGGGAAGAACCACACGGGUCAGUAGGGGCAGCAGCAGGUCACCGAGCCAUUGCACAGAGUAAUAGUGCAGAAAUUGCAGAAGCCUUAUUACGAUAUACUGCACCAGAAGAGGUGGAUAUUUUCCCAAUAAUUUGCGCCUGUGGUAGUAGUUGCGAGACUCGAGUGUUCAAAAUUAAUAUUCCGUAUUUCCAAGAAGCAAUCCUAUUUGCAUCCACUUGUGAUGGUUGUGGUUACCGCAGCUUUGAGUUAAAAGCCGGUGGAGGAAUUCCAGAGAAAGGAAAAAAGAUUACUCUUCAUGUGAAAAACAUUAAUGACCUAAGCCGUGAUGUAAUAAAGUCGGAUACUUCUAGUAUAGAAGUUCCUGAACUUGACUUUGAGAAGCUGCCAAGUGGCACUUCAGGAGGUGCCGUUACAACCAUUGAAGGUUUAGUUAAGAACAUUAGUGAAAGUCUUGAGAAGCUCCAUGGGUUUACUUUCGGAGAUAGUCUUGAGGAGGAUAGAAGAAGCAAGUGGCUUGACUUUGGGGACAGGCUGAACAAGCUUCUUACCUUGGAAAAACCUUGGACUUUAAUUCUUGAUGAUCCAGAAGGAAAUUCUUUUAUAGCACCUGCAACUGAUGAUCUUAAAGACGACAAACAAUUAAUAUACGAGGAAUAUGAGAGGACAUGGGAGCAAGAUGAAGAAUUAGGUCUACAUCAAAUGGACACCUCUUCUGCAGAUGCUGCUUAUGAAUCAGCAAAUCCGAGUAACCUUGAGUGAAUAUGGUUCAAGCACCAGAUAUUUUCAUCAACUUUAAGAAUUUUUUUAACUUAUAUGGUUAAAUUACUUUUUUGAAUUUUGUUCCAAUACAUCUGGAAUGGAGUACCAUUAUGUAGUUAGAUUAGAUAAUUAUACAGUUAAAGCUUACAUAUUAAACAUUAUUUUUUUUUUUAUU